AUGUCUUCAUCAAACAUCCCUCAUGUGGUGCUUCAAUCUUCUUCGAAUCAUCACAAGAUGCCUGUGAUCGGAUUUGGCACUGCGUCAACAUCUUCUCCUAUUGACACCAAAGAGGCAAUGUUAGAAGCUAUCAAAUUAGGUUACAGACACUUUGAUACUGCUUCAAAAUAUGACUCUGAAAAAUCCCUUGGAGAAGCUAUAGCCGAAGCACUUCAACUUGGCCUCAUAGCUUCCAGAGACGAACUCUUCAUCACUUCCAAACUCUGGUGUACUGAUAACUUUCCUCCUCUUGUUCUUCCAGCUAUCCACAAAACGCUUGAGUCUUUGAAGUUGGAAUAUGUGGAUCUUUAUUUAAUUCACUGGCCCAUUUCUGUGAAACCUGGAAAUUGGGAUUUUCCUUUUCCUGAAGAGGCCCUAACAUCAUUUGACUUAAAGGGUGUGUGGCAAGCAAUGGAGGAGUGUCAAAAGCAAGGCCUUACAAAAUUAAUUGGAGUGAGCAAUUUCAGUUGUCAUAAACUUGAAAAUCUCCUCUCUUUUGCUACUAUUCCUCCUUCUGUCAAUCAAGUAAGUCCAUAA